AUCUUCAGUCCAACCAGCACCCAGACAUGAAUGAGAGUGAAGAGAACAGAGUCAACAUAACCAAAAACGAGCGCGAGGAGGAUUCCUUUUCGGAUGAGGACGAAGUCGUUCAUUCUGUUCGCUUCAAGCGGAAAAAGAUUAACGACGUUUCAGAGAAUGGUGCAACUGGCGGCUCUGCAGGAACAGUAGGGACAUCAGCUGGACGUGGAUCAGGACUAUACCUCGACACGAUUCAACGCUACAUGCUUGACUUUGAUUUCGAAAAAGUGUGCUCGGUAUCACUCUCGAACUUGAAUGUCUAUGCUUGUUUGGUCUGCGGAAAAUAUUUUCAAGGACGCGGUCCAUCAUCUCAUGCCUACUUUCACAGUCUUCAUGAAAAUCAUCACGUCUACAUCAACCUCAGUACGCUCAAGAUUUACGUUUUACCGGACUCUUAUGAGGUUACGGACUCUUCCCUGGAUGACAUCAAGUACGUUCUGGAUCCAAGAUUUACGCCAGCGCAGGUAGAAGCGCUUGACAAGAACUCUCGUCAGUCCUUCGAUUUGAACCGCAAGCCUUAUCUCCCAGGAUUCAUUGGACUGAAUAAUGUCAAGGCAAACGACUAUGUGAACGUGGUGAUUCAGGUCUUGGCUCACGUUCCCCCCGUUCGCAACUAUUUUAUGUUGCAAAACUUUGAUGACAAAUCGGAGCUUGUGAAGAGAUUCAGCACAUUGGUUCGCAAGAUAUGGAAUCCUGCAGCCUUUAAGGGCCAAGUUAGUCCACAUGAGCUGCUGCAGGAAAUUUCAAAUGCUAGUAACAGGAAGUUCAAGUUGACGGAGCAAAGCGAUCCAUUGGCGUUUCUAUCAUGGUUUUUGAACACGUUACACAGGGAGCUUGGAGGAUCGAAGAAGAAGAAUAGUAGCAUCAUAUAUUCCACCUUCCAGGGAGAAGUGUCGAUCGAGAGUCAGCCGAUUGAGACAAAGGCCCCAAAGGGCGCAGAACUGGCAUUUGAUGUCAACAACGCAAUUACAAGGGUCACGUCGCCGUUUUUAUUCUUGGCUUUGGAAUUGCCGCCUCCACCACUCUUCCAUGACGAGCUUGAAAAAAAUAUUAUCCCGCAGAUCCCUCUGACAACCAUUCUCUCCAAAUACGAUGGCAGGACAAUUCAGGAAAGCGUCGCAGACCUGAAACGUUUCCAAAUUACCCGACUACCCAACUACAUUAUCCUUCAUAUCAAGCGAUUUUCGAAAAACAACUUUAUUGAGGAGAAGAACCCAACUAUUGUUACAUUUCCUAUCAAAAACUUGAGCAUGGCCGAGUAGAAGGAGAAGGUGCUCGGAUUACAUUAUGACCUGCUUGCAAACAUCACACACGAGGGAGAUCCGGCCAUACCGAAUUCUACAAGCUAUAAAGUCCAUACUCAGCACCGUGCCAAAGAGCAGUGGUAUCAAAUCCAGGACUUAUUCGUUGAGGAGAUCAAUGCGCAAAUGAUCUUCCUAUCAGAGUCCUAUAUCCAGGUA